AUGGUGCAUUACUCUGGUGACACAGAGGUUGAGGAACCUUUUGAAAUGGAUGAAGAUGACAAGGUUGUUUCACAGGAUGAAGAAACUGUAAUUGUACAUGAAGAGAAGAAGAAGAAGAAGAAACAGAAGCUUCCAGUUAGGAAAGGGCCUACAACAAGGACACAUUCAAGUGUAGUUCAAGAGGAGGAACCUGAUUUCCAACCUUCAUCUGAUGAAGAACAGAGAGGAUUGUUGAAGGAGGCUGAUGAUGAUGGUUAUGAGCCAUUGGCAUUUGUGCUGCCAAAGAAAAGGAAGAGCAGGGCAAAGCAGAGGCCUCCUAGAAAAUGGUACAAUGAGAAAAUGGAGGCACCACAUGAGCAAUUAUGUCUACAGAUGUGUUUCAAGGAUCAACAUCAAUUCAGAGAGGCUUUGUUGAACUUACACAUCACUCAAGGCAGAAACUUCAAAUAUCAUAGGAACUCAGAUCAAAGAAUAAUUGUAGAAUGCAACCAAAAACAUUGCAACUUCUUUAUGGUGGCAGCAGUUAUAAAAGGUGAAACUACUUUUGUAAUUAAGAAGAUGAGAAUUAAGCACACUUGCCCUAUUAGUACAGAGACAACAAGGGUAAGUGCCAAGUGGCUUGCACAGAAGUAUGAGUCACUGUUCAGAUCUGAUCUAACAACUGGCAUUCAGACUUUGAUUGAUGCCUGCAUGGAGAAGUAUGGUGUGGAUGUGCCCAAGUCAAUGGCAUAUAGGGCAAAGAACCUAGCUAUUGAUGCUGUGCUAGGAGACCACAAGAAGCAAUACCCUAGGUUGAAAGACUAUGCUCAGACAGUGAUGGAUACAAACCCUGGGAGUAGAGUAGUAGUCACUACUGUAACUCCAACACCCACUGAAAAAAUCCCCCAUCCAGGUCCAAGAUUCCAUGCUAUGUCCUAUUGCAUCAAUGGAGCAAGGGAGGGGUUUCUCAAGGGGUGCAGACCAUUCAUUGGUGUUGAUGGGUGCUUCAUUAAGUUAACUACUAGUGCUCAACUACUUGCUGCCACUGGUAGAGAUGGCAACAACAAUAUAUACCCACUAGCAUUUGGUAUUGUUGGGCAAGAGGACACACCUAACUGGUGUUGGUUUCUACACCAACUUAAAAUCUGCCUAGGAGGAGAAGUGGGAAGGUUUGGUCCAUAUACAAUAAUGUCAGAUAGACAAAAGAUAGUAGCUUAG